CAUUCUAUACCUGUACAAUGAUGGCAGUAGGCGGUAGCUGACGUCACACAACACACGGUACGGAAGCCUCAAAGUGGCUUUAUGUUUUGAAAACGCGGAAAAACAGCAUGGCUGCCGCUGCGACCGAAGAAAGCGACAGAAAAAUGACUGAGGCCGAUUCCCCAACGCUGUCUCAGUUGUUAGAUGCUGGGUGGAAAUUUUUCGAAGAUGUUUCCAAUACGAGUGAGCCGACUGGAUCAAACCCAAUACAAGUGAAGGUGAAGCGAGGAAUAGCCCAUUUGGAACAGGCCACUCGGCUGGUAGCACAGCUCGAUUUGUUCAGCCAAAAUGAGGAACUAGAGGAACUUGCAACUGCAGAUAUCAAGUAUUUGAUGCUGCCAGCACUCCUAGGUGCACUUACUAUGAAGGAGGUAAACCUGACAAAUCGCCUUGAACAAGUGCAGAAGGCAAGAGUUUACUUUAUGGACUUUUUAAAACGCUGUAAGGACUAUAGCAUAAUGAAGUUUGAGCUUCCAAAGUCAGAAGAAAAGAAAGAGAGCCCAGAAAAUUUGAGCCAGAAUGCUUCUGUAGGUUUUCAUGCACCAGAUCUAUAUGCCAUGGCUGCCCACAGACAAGCAAAAAUAGAAAGAUAUAAACAGACUAAGGAGGCAGAAGCAAAAUUGACAGAAAUCAAAGCAUCGGUGGACAGUGGGCAGGCCGAAGAUGAAAUUGUACGAGACUAUUACCUUUUGACUGUGAGAAAAUGGAUUAAUAUCGCCCUGGAUGAGGUAGAAAGCAUAGACCAAGAGUCACAAAUCUUGAAGACGAUGGGCACAUUCAAAAAAGAAUCUGCAAAUCAGUCUCGCCCUCAUCCACAGAGGCCUCCAAUGAAGCCCUUCAUUCUUACAAAAGAUGCAGUUCAAUCUAAAGUUUUUGGUGCUGGUUAUCCUAGCCUUCCAACCAUGACAGUUAAUGAUUGGUAUGAGCAGCAUAGAAGGGAGACAAUCCUUCCUGAUCGGGGUAUUCCAAAAUGUUCAGGUGACUUGGACAACGAAGAACGUGAAAAGGAGGAGAAAGAGAGGCAGAUAGAAAAUGAUGAUGAUGAAGCUUUGCAGAAGGCACGGGACUGGGACAACUGGAAAGACACACAUAGAAGAGGCUAUGGCAAUCGGCAAAAUAUGGGUUAAUGACCUUGUGCAACAGUUUAACAAUUAUAAACAGCAGUAAAUAUGCAGAAUUGAACUAUUUUUAAAGCAAAAUGGAAUUGAGUUAGUUAAAGUUUUUUGGUUGUAUAUUGUAUGUAUAUGAAAAGCACUUGGUGACUUCACAUGCUGUGUGUGAUCCAUUUAAUUACAAACCUAUGUAAGCAUUGAACUGCUUGCCCUUUAAGGCAUGCUCAAAAAUUGUAUAGUAUGCUGCUGUUACAAAGGUUAUAUAAGAAAGUACUAGCAUGAUUUUGGAGAAGUUAACCUUAUGACUAUGUGUUUCCUCCAGGUAACUGAGGCUGAUCACAUUGUACUGUACAUAUAAUGUACCCUGAUAACCUCUUGUCUAAUAGUAUGUAGAAGCCUUAAUGCAGAGGAACAUAUUUGUGAAAUGCUUUUGUAGAACUGUACAAAAAUGUUGUCAAUGCUCUGGUCUUAGCUUUUUGCAAAUCCAGUUUCUCUGCUCAGAGUUCAUUCAGUUUGUACAGUGUUAAGUUGUUGUGUAUAAAACAAUAAUUGUGUUUUAAUGAUAGUGAUUAGUAAUUUACGGUGUUGUGUUUUGGUUUUUUUUAUCAAUUUUCACCACUUUUAAAUGCCAAAAGCAGUCUACUUAGAUGUCGGGUUACCUUUAUAGAAAUGGAACAGGAAAUCUAAUUUAUUUAAUAAUACUUUUGAUAUAUAUAUUUUUUGUUUAAGAACAAUGGUAUUGGCAUUUUAGUAAUAAAAUUGUUAGUGUAUGGAUUCUUUAGUGUUCUACAUUUCAUAAUGAAACAUACUUUAAAAUAAACAUUAUAGAUGGAUUAGGUUAACUAGACAGAUUUUUGCCAAUCUUACUAGGAGACCGCUGCAAGGCAUAAACAGCUACCCUUUUGUAAUUUCUUUAUAUGAUGCUUACCUGCUGGAGAACUAGUGUUUUCUGAAAAUAUGUUUGCUUCGUGCAUUAUGUAGAAGAAAGAUGUUAAUAUUAGCAUAAGCAUUAUAAACUAAACUUGCAAUAAUCUGACGCUGUUUUAAUGUUUUUGUUAUCCCAGUUUGUUAUAGAAUAGUUCCAAAUAUAACAAAUGAACAUUACCAGCAAUGCUGUGAUACAAAUUUAAUUACAACAUUUAGAAAAAUAUGGAAAAUUUUGGAUUUUGCCUUGUUUUAGAAUAUUUAGUCAAGAGAUGUCAAACAAAAUAUUUAAUCCGCCUGUGAUUUUCAGAGCUGUGUGUUGCCAAUAGAGAUUCAACAAAAAUAAAUUCCAAUAUGAAUUAUAACUCUUCAGCAGAGAUUUGGGCAAUACUUUAUAUCAUUCAACUUGACUGAAAAUUCUUGGCCUUGAUGUGUAUGUAUUUAUUUUUAAUAAAUAAAACUUACAUAUUAAUAUUGCAUUUAA